AUGCAGCUCCGUGCACCCACCUCGGCAGCGCUGCUGCUGCUGCUGCUGGGGGCUGCCUCCCCGGCUCCCCUGGCGCUCAGACCCUCCAAGGAGGAGCUAACCCGCUGCCUAGCGGAGGUGGUCAUGGAAGUGCUCACCCAGGGCCAGGCCCAGAGAGGCCCCUGCACAGCUCUGCUCCACAAAGAGAUAUUUGAGACAGAGCCCUGCGGCUGUGUGUCCCCCGAGGAGAAGAGGUUCACCAAGCAGGAGGCCGGGAAGAUGAGGUCCAGUCAGGACAUAAGGCACGAGGAAGAGGAGGAAGCGGCAGAGGGGACCCACAGGUCUGAGGUGCAGGAGCAGGCGGUCCACACACAGCUCCACAGCCACCUUCACCAGGAGGAAGAGGAGGACGACAGAGAGGAGGAGGAGGAGGAGAGCCAGCCAGGGAAGACCUUUGAGCAGAUGUCGAAGCAACAUCUGCAGGGUGCCAGGGGCCCCCAGAAGCGGGUGGCUGAGAAGGCUGGUGAUGAGGAGACGGCCCAGUUUCAGGCAGAGGAGAAGGGCCUGAAGCCGCUGGACGGAGGCCACAGUCGGUGGCAGGGAACCGAGAGGGCCGAGGGAGAGAGGCACGAAGCGUCCUCCAACCGUCGGCACUACCUGGAGCAGCCGGGCAGCAAGGCCAAGCAGGAGGAAGAGGCGGAGGAGCAGCAGGAACACGGUAUGGAGCAGCUGGAGCGCAUGCAGGACCAGCUGAAGAGGGCCACCGCCAUGCUAGGGGAGGCUCUUGGGAGAGAAGGCUGACCCCUGUCCACUCUCUUCCUUUC